AUGGAGUACUUGAGUAGGCUGCUCAAUGAAUUGAAAGAUGAUAAGAGAUAUCAAUUUCAUCCAAAAUGUGCAAAACUAGGUGUAACACACUUAAGUUUUGCAGAUAUCUACUUCUGUUUGCCAAAGGAAAUUUGUCCUCUAUCUCUGCACUUUAUGACUGUUUCAGAACCUUCUCUACAACCUCAGGACUGCAAGCUAAUCUUGGGAAGAGCUUGGCAGCCUUUGAUAGAGAAAAUAACAGCCAGAAUCACCUCUUGGACAGCAAAGAAACUAUCAUAUGCAGUGAGAACACAAUUAGUGAAAUCAAUUUUGUUUGGUAUGCAAGCAUAUUGGGCCCAGCUAUUCCCUAUCCCUGCUAAGACCACAAGGAGUUUGACAAAUGCUAUCUACUACAAACUGCUCCCUGAAAUGAGGCUAGUAGCCUGGAAAUGCCUUAUGUUCAAGAAUGAUGCAAGGCCAAAAGCAAGCUUUAUAAUGUGGUUAGUAUUACAGGGGAGAUUGGCAACAGCAGAUAGACUAAUGAGAUGGGGUAUAAUAGUAGACAGUACUUGCUCUUUAUGCCAAGCAGAACUGGAAACUAGAGAGCAUUUGUUUGUGGAAUGUGACUAUGCUAAAGCUAUAUGGAAGAGACUGCAGAAAUGGUUGCAAUGGCAGCAAGCACCAGAUGAAUGGGACCAGCAUGUUAACUGGGCUAUCAAAAGUGCUAAAGGGAAAUCACAACAAGCUCAAAUAUUCAAAUUGGUAUAUGCAGAGUGUGUCUAUGCUAUAUGGAUAGAAAGGAACAAUAGAGUAGGUUUGAAAAGAAGGCUAGAAGAUGGGAAGAAAUUGCAAGAGAAAUUGUCUAUACUUGUCAUGUUAGAGCUGGCAGUAGAGUCCAAGAACUACUGCAAAACUUUACAUUCUAGAUGUUAA